AUGACUCAAGAAGAAAGUGGAGUUUUAUUAACCAACGAUCAAACGCCUGAUGAUAAGUCAACAAAACAAUAUGAUCUCAUAUUUCCUCGUUCCUUAAUCAGUUUGACCAAAGAUAUAAACAAAGCUUAUCCAUCAAAAUUACGGCUCGCCAAACAUUUGUUACUGUCAUAUUAUUUUCAAUUAUUCAUUGUGUUCAUUGUUUCUCUCAUUUGUUUAAUAGUUGCUUGUACGCAUCAUGCAUAUGAUUAUCAGUAUUAUAUGUCGCGUACCGUUUUAAUUCUUCAAGCAGCAUUCGCUCUUGUUAUUGUAUCACUUCAUCUGUGCAUAAGUGUUUCCCGUUCACCGUCAUUCCUUAUGACGCAAUUUUCAUUCAAUCAACGUCAUCUCAUUCAGUAUUGUGUCAUUUUAAGUCAUCUAUUGACUGUUUUCAGUAUUAUCUGGUUUUUCAUCGGUCAUAUUUGGUUAAUUCCAGAAAUUGCUUAUGCUUUUGCUUGGGAAUUUAGAGUUUCAAGUGGAACACAACUUGUUAUACCCAUGUUUAUUCUUGAAUAUGUUAUAGGAAUUUGGUUACUUUAUUGUUGUAUACGAAAUAAUGUGCGACAUUUGACUCAACAUAGAAUGAGUAAGGAAAUUUCCAAUGAAAUCAAUCUUCGUGACACAGUGAAAUGUGAGCAGGCGAUCGAAAACAAAGCUCAAUCAAAUGACCAGUCGCUGAAUGUUUGA